AGGAAAAAAACACCAGAAGGAAAAGGGAAAAAAAGCAAGAAAAUGGGAAAAAUUAAGCAAGAGGGUGAAUUUUCGUAGAAUGGUUUAAUCGAACUGGGACCCAACCACAGUUUCGUGUUGUAUCUUUUACGAUUCUUGAUUUGGAUUUGGGUGCGAAUGUGGCAAAUUGCAGUGAAGGUGAGAUUCAACCCACACGGAAUCUGUGAUUCUAUCAGUUGAAGAUAAGGAGACAAAACUUGCCCAUUCCCAAAUCCGCUAAGCGACACGACAACACGAAUUCCCAGAUUAUCUUCCAAUUUUUUGAGGUGGUGGUGACGUCCUCAAGCAAGGAAGAGAUUAGCUUUUAUAUCUUUUUUGUGUUGAGGGGCCAUUGGGACGAGUGCACGGAAUUCAUCCCCCUCCACGCUCUACUUUUCCUCGGAAUGAUCUUUUUUGCUUCUGAAAUUCUUGUUUCAAGGAGUUGAUCGACUCUGGGUAUCGGAAGUUUGUCUCUUUUUUCGAUUCUUGGUCAGAGUCAUAAGAAGCUUCAGUGGCAGAAGGAAAAGCUUUUCCCUUUUAAGGGACUGAUUGAGAAAUGACGACGUCGGUCUCUGUCAGGGAGAUUGGAGAGGAUCCAUUCACCAAACCCAUUGGAAGAUGGCCUGUGUUCUUCUAUGGAGUUGGCCACAUGCUAAACGACAUCACUGCUUCGUGUUGGUUUACUUAUCUUUUGUUGUUCUUGACUCAAAUCGGCCUCUCCCCAACGGAUGCUGCUAUUGUCAUGCUUUCGGGUCAGAUUGCUGAUGGAUUUGCUACCAUCUUCACCGGUGAAUUGAUAGACAGGUUUGGGCAUUUCAAAAUAUGGCAUGGAGCAGGAUCUGCAUUGGUUGCUAUCUCCUUUUCCUCGGUUUUUGGUGGUUGUAUGCCUUGUUCGAUCCUCCACAGCACUUCUUCAAUGGUGAAAACCUUCUCGUACAGUGUUUUUGCGGCAAUCUUCAAUGUAGGAUGGGCCGCUACACAGGUUUCCCACAUGGCUAUGGUCAAUUGCAUCUCUCUGAAUUCAACAAGCAGAGUAGCACUAACAAGCUGCCGCAAUGCAUUUACUAUGGUUGCUAAUCUAAGCUUGUAUGCCAUUGCUCUAGUAGUGUUUGGGUUAGUCAAGGGUCAGACUCUAGAAAAUACCGAAAGUCAGUAUCGCUGGAUUGCGUAUUCAUCCAUCACUCUUGGCUGCUGCUUCGUGGUCAUAUUUCUUAUGGGGACAAAGGAGCCAGGGUUGAGGAUUUGUCUAAGAGAAAAUAGCAAUAUCCAAGCAAGAAUUUCAUGGGUCUACUGGUUCCGUAAAAUUCUAUACUAUCAAGUCGCUGUGGUUUACGUUCUCACCCGAUUAGUAUUGAAUGUUUCACAGGCAUAUCUCGCAUUCUUUGUGAUUGAUGAUUUGCAAAUGGUUCAAUCAGCUAAGGCUUUGGUUCCUGCAAUAAUCUAUAUCAGCAGCUUUGUUGUAUCGGUUCUUCUUCAGGAGAUUCCAUGGAACGGGAAACGUUUGAAAGCAUAUUAUUGCACUGGUGGCAUCCUCUGGAUAUUCUGUGGUGCAGCCAUCCUUCUCUUGCCGAAAAGCAUAAAGUCUUUCAUGUAUGCCAUCUCUGUUUUCAUUGGUAUCGCCAACGCAUUAAUGACGGUGACGGCAGUGAGCAUGCAGAGUGUAUUGAUCGGUGCAGAUCUCAGUGGAUGCGCGUUUGUUUGUGGAUCGUUAAGCUUCUUGGACAAAAUAUCAUGUGGGAUCGCUCUUUACGUUCUUCAGUCACACCAAAGUACUGCGCCAAGAAUCCAAUUAAAUGGCGACAAAUUACAAUAUUUUUCAGUGACAAGAUAUGGAUUAGGUCUUGUCCCGGCACUGUGCUCACUUCUCGGUGUUGCCGUAACGUGGACUAUGGAACUCCAAAACACGAUCCCGAAGCCUCUGGUCGAGCCCCUUCUAGAAUGACCAAACAUACUAGAAUGGUUAACAUGGUAACCUCAAGCUAUAGAAUGUUUGUUUCAGAAAUAAUUUCUCUCUUCUAAUUUGUUACGGUGGAUGCAUUACACAGUUCCUUUUCUAAAAAUCCAUACUCAUUUAGUCAUUUGUUUGGUUCAUCAUGGACAGAUCAUACUGUAGUUACAGGAAUCUGUACCAGAAUUACUUAAAUGUAAUGGAAUUUCGAUU